AUGCAGUGGAAAAUUCUCUCCCUAGCACUCCUCGCCGAGUAUUGCUACGCCCAAGUUGGACUCAACCCUGGCAUGAAUCCAUCGCCUCACGUGCAUCAGAUCGUGGGUGGCAAUUCUUUCAAUGCUUCCAUGGACCCAGCGACACAUGACCUCCCUUCAGCUUCUACAUGCACCAGCUGCACAUUCUCUGAGGACUUUUCCAACUACUGGACUGCAGUUCUAUAUUUCCGAGCGCGCAACGGGACUUACAAACGCGUACCUCAGUAUGCCAGUGAAGGACUAACCGCCGAUGGUGGCAUCACAAUCUAUUACAUCGCGUCGCCUGAUGCAUCUGUAAACGUCACCGCGUUCACACCAGGUUUCCGCAUGCUCGUCGGGGACGCCGCGGCGACCUCCCCAGGCUCUGCACCCAAGGUGUGCCACCGCUGCAUGCCAGCGACGGGAGACAACAGGAACCUCAACUGCGCGGCCCCGGAUGCUCAGACCCUGCCCACGGGCUUCUGCGUCGGCGGCAUCCGGUCCGUCAUCACCUUCCCCACGUGCUGGGAUGGGAAGAACACGGACAGCGCGGACCACAUGAGCCACGUUACGUACCCGAUACCAGACGCAUCGCACAACGGGGUCGGUGCGGAGGGUGCUUGCCCGUCGAGCCAUCCCGUCAGGAUACCCCAGGUCAUGUACGAGGUCAUGUGGGACACGCGGCCCUUCAAUGACAAGAGCCUGUGGCCGGAGGAUGGAUCGCAGCCAUUCGUGCACGGAUACUCGCAACACGGAGACUACGUCUUCGGAUGGAAGGAUGAUUCCCUUCAACGUGCCAUGGAUCUUCGAUGCGAUGGUGAUGUCUGUAGUGGAUUGGCGAGACAGUCCCCAGAGGAAGCGAUGAAGUGUACUAAGCAGCGUGUUGUUGAUGAGGACAUCGAUGGCUGGUUUACCGAGAUCCCAGGAGCCACCAUGACUUAG